AUGGGUGUCAACUUGGUGCUUGGACUUGGGAUGCAGGUGUCUUCCACCUGCCGAAACACCAAACGGGCAGAAAAAAAAGAACAAAAACGAACAUUCGGGAACAAAAACCAACGGGUGCAUGUGUAUAAAAACUUGCCCAUCGCACCCGGACAUGAAGCACCUGACCAGAAACCACCAAGAAAACCAUCUCGAUUCUUCACUCACCACACGAUGUCGUUCCUCAAGCCCCGCCUGAUCACUUCACCCACCAGACUCAUCCACCACCCGCUCAAACCAACCCACACCUUCAGCCAACUGACUUCGAGGUCCAUAUUUUCUGCUCCAUCAAGACAUCCCAACGGCUUCAAUCGAACCACGGCCCAGCGCUGGUUCUCGUGCUCGAACCAGUCGGCAAGCCAAGUCAAUCGACUCUCUGUCUUCGAGCAAGCUAAAAGCCAGAGUAACUACAAACAGAUCUUUAUCGCUUCCGCUGGGCUGGUCGGAUCGCUUGUUUUGCUAGAUGGAUUUCUCAACCGAGAUCAGAGGAUCGAACCCCUCAGCCAAGCGCAGAAAGAGCUGCUGAAUUCCAGCUUCCAGCAUACUGGGAUUGGCCUAGCGAUCACCUCAGUGCUCGCCCGAUACAUGUUCAAAAAUGGGCUGACGAUGCGGAUGAUGGCGAUGAACCCAUUAGCGGUAGCUGGUCUGGGUUUGGUAGGCUCGAUAGGCUCAAUGAUGGGCACCCUGUACACCUCUCCGGACAACACCGUCCAGAAGUACGGCUUCUGGCUGGCCUUCACAUCCUUCCAAGCCGCCACCCUCUCGCCCCUCUAUUUCUAUGCCCCCGCGAUCCUCUCUCGAGCGGCACUAUACACCGUCGGCGUCGUCGGCUCGCUUUCGUACGUCGGCGCGACCGCCAAAAACGACCGCUUCCUCUACCUUGGCGGCCCCCUUCUCGCUGGUGUGUCCGUCGUUGCCCUCAGCUCCCUGGCGCCGCUCGUUCUACCAGUCACCGCGGCUAGAACUCUCAUGGUUACCGAAUCCAUUUCUCUCUAUGGAGGACUGGCCGUGUUCUCUGGCUUCGUCUUAUACGACACACAAAAAAUUCUGAACCAUGGGCUUCUGGUUCAACAAGGUCGAAUGAAACCAGAUCCGGUCAACGAAUCUGUCGGCUUGAUUAUGGACUCGAUCAACAUUUUUAUCCGACUGGUUCAAAUCCUCGCCAUGCAAUCUAACAACCGAAAAUGA